AGGAGGAGGAGGAGAGACAGAAAAAAGAAACAACACCCGACAACUAGGAGGGGGGGAAAAGAAAGAAAGAAAAGAAACCCACCCACCCACUCAAAAAAAAAAAAAAAAAAAUCUGUGGCGCGCCGCCUGUUUCCCGGGAAGACUCGCCAGCACCAGGGGGUGGGGGAGUGCGAGCUGAAAGCUGCUGGAGAGUGAGCAGCCCUAGCAGGGAUGGACAUGAUGCUGUUGGUGCAGGGUGCUUGUUGCUCGAACCAGUGGCUGGCGGCGGUGCUCCUCAGCCUGUGCUGCCUGCUACCCUCCUGCCUCCCCGCUGGACAGAGUGUGGACUUCCCCUGGGCCACCGUGGACAACAUGAUGGUCAGAAAAGGGGACACGGCGGUGCUUAGGUGUUAUUUGGAAGAUGGAGCUUCAAAGGGUGCCUGGCUGAACCGGUCAAGUAUUAUUUUUGCUGGAGGUGAUAAGUGGUCAGUGGAUCCUCGAGUUUCCAUUUCAACAUUGAAUAAAAGAGAUUACAGCCUCCAGAUACAGAAUGUGGAUGUGACAGAUGAUGGCCCAUACACAUGUUCUGUUCAGACUCAACAUACACCGAGAACAAUGCAGGUGCAUCUAACUGUGCAAGUUCCUCCGAAGAUAUAUGAUAUCUCAAGUGAUAUGACCAUCAAUGAAGGAACCAAUGUCACCCUCACUUGCUUGGCCACUGGGAAGCCAGAGCCCUCCAUUUCUUGGCGGCACAUCUCCCCAUCAGGCAUUACACUUGAGCUAAGGACACAGAAACAAAGAAAAGAAGAUGUCACUACACUGUUGGACAAUGUCAAAAUCUAUGACCAGAAGAGGACUUCCAUCUCACAAUCAAAAUCAUUUGAAAAUGGACAAUAUUUGGACAUUUAUGGAAUUACAAGGGACCAGGCUGGGGAAUAUGAAUGCAGUGCAGAAAAUGAUGUGUCGUUCUCAGAUGUGAAAAAAGUAAAAGUUGUCGUAAACUUUGCUCCUACAAUUCAGGAAAUUAAAUCGGGCACUGUGAUCCCCGGACGCAGCGGAUUGAUAAGGUGCGAAGGUGCAGGUGUGCCGCCUCCGGCCUUUGAGUGGUACAAAGGAGAGAAGAAGCUCUUCAAUGGCCAACAAGGAAUUAUUAUUCAAAAUUUUAGCACAAGAUCCAUUCUCACUGUUACCAACGUGACACAGGAGCACUUCGGCAACUAUACUUGUGUGGCUGCCAACAAGCUCGGCACAACCAAUGCAAGCCUGCCUCUUAACCCUCCAAGUACAGCCCAGUAUGGAAUUACCGGGAGCGCUGACGUUCUUUUCUCCUGCUGGUACCUUGUGUUGACACUGUCCUCUUUCACCAGCAUAUUCUACCUGAAGAAUGCCAUUCUACAAUAAAUUUAAAGACCCAUAAAAGGCUUUUAAGGAUUCUCUGAAAGUGCUGAUGGCUGGAUCCAAUCUGGUACAGUUUGUUAAAAGCAGCGUGGGAUAUAAUCAGCAGUGCUUACAUGGGGAUGAUCGCCUUCUGUAGAAUUGCUCAUUAUGUAAAUACUUUAAUUCUACUCUUUUUUGAUUAGCUACAUUACCUUGUGAAGCAGUACACAUUGUCCUUUUUUUAAGAUGUGAAAGCUCUGAAAUUACUUUUAGAGGAUAUUAAUUGUGAUUUCAUGUUUGUAAUCUACAACUUUUCAAAAGCAUUCAGUCAUGGUCUGCUAGGUUGCAGGCUGUAGUUUACAAAAACGAAUAUUGCAGUGAACAUGUGAUUCUUUAAGGCUGCAAUACAAGUAUUCAGUUCCCUGUUUCAAUAAGAGUCAAUCUACAUUUACAAAGACACAUUUUUUUCCUUUUUUGAUAAAAAAGCAAAUAAUAUUGCCUUCAGAUCAUUUCUUCAAAAUAUAACACAUAUCUAGAUUUUUCUGCUCGCAUGAUAUUCAGGUUUCAGGAAUGAGCCUUGUAAUAUAACUGGCUGUGCAGCUCUGCUUCUCUUUCCUGUAAGUUCAGCAUGGGUGUGCCUUCAUGAAAUAUUUUUCUCUUUGUCUCCAACUAAUAUAAAACAUUUUGCUAAAUCCUACAAUUUGUAAGGAAAAAAAUAAACCACAAUGAUAAAGUUAAACUAUAUCCUAUCUCUAAAGAACAAAGGAGCUAUUGGAUUGUAUUCCUUCAUUAUCAGUGGGGUUUGAGAGUGUUGCCCCACAAUAACUCCGUUCUUGGGAUGAAAAACAAGUUAAUCACAUAGAAGAGUAAAUGUACCGUACGAUUUCUUUCGUUGAAGUUAAAUGUUAGAUCUACUGUGGGAAAUAAUUCCCUUUAAAAUGACAGCACAGUCCACUCAAGGGAUUGCUGAGCAAGACAGUAUCUUUUUUUCUUUCACUAUUUCAAGCUUAAAUUUUUAAGAUGGUUUGUCAGAGAGGACACAAAGUCCUAUCACCUAAUAUCACAUGAGUUGGUAAGCACUCAAAACUAAUUUGGUUUUGUGAUAGAUAAGUUAUUAUGACAGAAACAGUGCUCCUGCAGACAGGAGCAUUUUGCAUAUUUUCUAUCUAAAAACAUCACUCAGUUGAUAAUCUGGAAUGCAUGUUACAUUGAAAAAGUUCCAAAAUAUUUUAUAUCAAAUAUUCUAUAUUAGUAUACAGAAGAUCAAUCCCUGAAGUAAAUAACUCUUUAAUAAAAUCUUUCUUUAUAACCAUUUCAGUUCAAACAAGUGAAGCCAAAAAAUUACCAUGCUUUAUUUCUUCUUACAUGAUAUAUGUAAGAUGUGAUCAAAUGAAGACAGACACCAGUGAUGAGAAUAUCUUAAGAUGUAUUAAUUAUUCAAUUACUGUGAGUAUUCAUUUUUUUUCUACUUAAAGAAUGAAAACUACAUUUUUGAAGGAAAAUUCUGUGAGUCUAACUAUUAUAUUACAGGAAUAGGCUGAUGGUUUACUCUUUACCAAAGAAAGACCAUAGCCUUGAAAGCCAUGUUACAGGUCUGAUGAAGUUGCCAAUUUCAGCACACCUACAUUUCUACGGAUAGUCAUCUUUUACAAUCAUACCAACAACCCACAUCCAACUACUAAGAUUAGAUAUAAGAAAUUUUACAGAGGUCACACAUAUUUAAGAUAGCUAAUAUUUUGCCCUAGAAGUGAUGACUUGAAAAUUGUGAUUUUUUUUCCAAAUAAAAUUUAAAGACAAAGUAUGCCAUAAAUCUAUUUUAAUUAGAAAGAUGACUCAUAAAUUAGGAGGCAUAAAUAUAGUCUUCCCACAAAAUGGCAAUAAUAUGGCAUAAUGCUCUGAAAUUUACUAGCUGUAAUAAAUCUAUGAUGUUUUGACUGAUAUAUUAAAAUUGGCUUUAAAAUAUAGCAUUUAAAUGUAUUAUAUAUUUGUUUUUAAAAAUAUUCUUUGUGAAAUUGGCGAGUAAACUAAAAAUACUUUUUUUUUGUAUUGCAGCUUUAAAGUGGCACACUCCAUAAUAAUCUACUUACUAGAAAUAGUGGUGCUACCACAAAAGUGUUAACCAUCUGUACAUUGUUUGGGAGAAAGAAACAGAUCAAGAAUGCAUAUUAUACAGUGACCGUUUUCCUAGAGUUAAAAAUACCUCCUCUUUGUAAGGUUUGUAGGGUUAAUGUGAGGUAAAUUGAGGUAUAAACUAUGGAUGAACCAAAUAAUUAGUUCAAAGUGUUGUCAUGAUUCCGAAUUUGUGGAGUCUGGUGUUUUUCCCAUAGAAUGUGACAGAAGUACAGUCAUAGCUCAGUAGCUAUAUGUAUUUGCCUUUAUGUUAGAAGAGACUUUCUUGAGUGACAUUUUUAAAUAGAGGAGGUAUUCACUAUGUUUUUCUGUAUCACAGCAGCAUUCCCAGUCCUUAGCCCCUGGACAGAGUGAAAUCAUGAGUAUUUAUGAGUUCAAUAUUGUUCAAAUAAGGCUACAGUAUUUGCUUUUUUGUGUGAAUGUAUUGCAUAUAAUGUUCAAGUAGAUGAUUUUACAUUUAUGGACAUAUGAAAUGUCUUGAUUAUUCCAUUUUAUCAGUCCUGACUGUACAAGAUUGUUGCAAUUUCAGAAAAGCAGUUUUAUAAAAUUGAUUUAUCUUUCAAUCUAAAAUAAUUUCUUAAGCUAUUCCUUUCAGCAUUGUGUUUUCCACAGGUUUCAUUUGUGGGAUUCCUUUUGUUGCCCCAAAAUUUUUGUCCAAGAAAGAAGAAAAGAAAAUAAAGAGCAGUUGAGAAAAAAAGAUAAAGACAGAAAAGGAGGUGAAGACAAAGGAAAUAGAAGAAAGGAAGAACAGAAAGAGGGAAAAAGAGGAAAGGAUGAAAGAUAGGAGAAAGGACGAAUGAGAGGGAGGCAAGAAGCAGAACAUUAGGGUAGUUAGCUUUUUCAUUUGCAUUCUCGGUUUAAAUGCAAGUGGUGUAAUGUGUUUUACAAUUAUCUCAUUCAACACGUAAGUCCUGUUACACCAUUAAGUUUCUAUUAUGCAGCAAUUAUAUAAUGAAAAGUACUGCCCAAGUUAUAGCAUUGUGUGAUUUUUUUGAGACACUAAGAUUUGAGAGAGAGAAUUUCAAACAUAAAGUCACUUUUGGGGGAUUUAUAACUUCACUGAAAAUUAAUGCUUCAUCAUAACAUUUAAGCUAUAUCUAGAAAGUAGACUGGAGAACUAAGAAUAUUACCCAGAUAAUUCAGAACAAAAAUAUAUAGAUAUAUAUAUAUAUAUAAAUACCCCUAUGUGUGAAGUCAGAAAACUCUGAAAAGCUGAAUUAUCAAAGCCAAUCAUCUAUAUUGAUCAAAUUACUGAUAAAUUGUUAAUUUAUCCAUUGUAUUUAGCUUUGUGACACAGCCAAAAGUUACCUAUUUAAUCUUUUCAAUAAAAGUUGUUUUUUGAAAUCCAGAAAUGAUUUAAAAAGAGGUCAGGUUUUUAACUAUUUAUUGAAGUAUGUGGAUGUACAGUAUUUCAAUAGAUAUGAAUAUGAAUAAAUGGUAUGCCUUAAGAUUCUUUGAAUAUGUAUUUACUUUAAAGACUGGAAAAAAAUCUCUUCCUGUCUUUUAGUAAAACAUCCAUAUUUCAUAAUCUGAUGUAAAAUGUUGUACUGUUUCCAAUAGGUGAAUAUAAAGUCAGUUUAUCAAUUAAA